GGAGGCCAGCAUGCAUUGUGUCGAAGAUGAGGUUUCUACUAGGGACUGUUUUGCUUAUUGUGCCUUACGCUGUUGUGGGGUUGAAUUUAGGAGCAUCAGUGGAGAGCCUGGUGAGAAGUCAAGGAUACCCCUUCGAACAACACUCUGUGGUCACAGAAGAUGGUUACAUCCUCACCCUCCAUCGUAUACCAUAUGGAAAGAACCACACAGGGAUGAUAGGCCGCCCGAUCCUUCUCCAGCACGGAAUCCUCUGCAGUUCUGCGGGAUGGCUUCUGUCCAGACCAGACAAGGCGUUGGGGUUCAUUCUCGCUGACCAGGGCUAUGAUGUAUGGAUGCCAAACAGCAGAGGGAACACAUAUAGCAGAAUGCACAAGAGUUUGAAUAUCCACAGUGCAGAAUAUUGGGAUUUCAGCUUCCAUGAGAUGGGUUAUUACGACCUACCGGCUUGCAUAGACUACAUCCUGCGGCAAACUGGAUAUCCAAAACUGGAGUACAUCGGUCAUUCUCAGGGCACAUCCAUCUUCUUCAUCCUCGCCUCUACCAGGCCGGAGUACAACGAGAAGAUCAGUUACAUGUCCGCCCUCGCACCGAUAGCUUACUUGGACCAAGUUAGGGGUACCUUGAAAGCUCUGAUUUUUGUUUCGACUCAGUUGGAGUGGUUCUCCAAACACUUAGGUCUACACGCAAUCCUGUCUGACUCAUGGGCUGUUCGGAUGAUGGAGAAAGUUCUGUGUGAAACGUUUUCAUUUGCCGAGGCAUUCUGUGACAAUUUAGUGUUCCUUAUUGUCGGGUAUGACUCACAACAAUGGAAUAUGACAUUAUUGCCGACAAUCGACAAUUACAUGCCAGCAGGAACAUCUAUCAAACAGCUCGUUCAUUUUGCUCAAAUAGCUAAAAGUACACAAUUCAGGCAAUAUGAUUACGGUUACUUAAAAAAUUUGGAAGUUUAUCACCAAAGGGACCCUCCUGAUUACGAUCUAUCAAAAAUUUCAACUCCGGUAACACUCCACUACGGAAACAACGACUGGUUGACUGGAAUUAAUGACAUAGCUAAGCUGAACGCAAGCAUCCCGAAGACCAACACAAGACUGGUUCCGUUCAGUUACUUCAACCACUUGGACUUUAUGUGGGCUAAGGAUGUCGACAAGCUUUUGUAUGACGAUUUGUUAAUAAAUUUGAAUAGCCAUUAAAUUAUGAUAUCACUGAAGGUUAAUGAUUUGUCAAGACUGGUUAAAUAUAUAUUUUUAUUUUUUAUAGUUGGUUUUAGAUUUGUCUAGUUUACCUAAUUUUAAUAAUAAUUUGAAAUGAAAAGUAAUACAAAAGAUCAGAACAGUCAAGUGAAUUGAAGGCGCCCGUUACAUUUUUAAUAAACAUAUUACUAGCUCCCUCUGAAUGGCAUGAUGCGUUUGCCAAAAUACAAGAAGACCUAAAUCGGAUUUGUGCCUGGGCAAGUGAGAAUGGAUUAAGGUUAAACGCUGCUAAAACCCAAGCCAUCGUCAUCGGUUCGAAACCCCUUCUCAGAUCCAAUACCAACAUUCCUCUCCUGUGCCUGAAUGACCAACCCAUCACCUUCAACACAUCAGCUAAAAACUUAGGUGUUAUCAUAGAUCAAACCUUCUCCUGGAAUAACCAUAUUUCCCUCAUAUCACGACGUUCAAUUUCCAUCCUGAAACUCUUCCAUCGCUUCCGCCAUCUCCUACCCAUAUCCACACGUAGACUCCUAGUAUCCGCCCUCAUCUUCCCCCACAUUGACUACGGCUGCGUAGUGUACGGUGGCCUCUCAUCGGAACUUGGAGACAGACUGAAAAGAAUAAUGAAUGGCUUAGUACGAUUUGUCAAUGGGACCCCGAAACGUUCUCAUGUUUUCCACAACUACGCCGAGUUAGGGUGGCUCUUUCCCUCCUUCAGAAGACAGUACUUCCUAGGUACAUUUCUUUACCAAAUAAUCUAUAAU